CCUAAACAGAAUAUGUAGGAGGAGGAGAGGGCUCGGACAUGGAUCUAGGAAGACUCAGCACUGGCCCGUCUGAUAGAGAUCGGUAAUUUUUUUUAAAUUUAUAUUUAAAAAUAAAAAAAAACCGAGAGGCCUUUGAGAAAAGAAACCGAAGGAAUUAGCAAAACCCAUCCCGGCACAAAAUAUUAAAUAGAUCAAUGGACUGAAUGAGGGCUGAAUGAAGACUGCCUAUAACGCCUAUCGAUGCCUGUCCAAGGAUCUGGAUGCCUACGCCAUGAACCCAGAGAUGACAAUGGACAGCAUUGGCAAUCUGCAUGGCGGACUGAGCCAUGACCAGGACUUGAUGAACAGCCACAGCCCCCAUCACACCCGGAACCCGGGGGCUUCUUUGCGGUUACAUCAGGAUCUGGCUGCUGCAUCGUCGCGGUCCGCCAUGGUGUCCAGCAUGGCAACGAUUCUGGACGGAGCCGGAGAGUACCGACCAGAAUUGUCUCUCCCGCUCCAUCACGCUAUGAGCAUGCCGUGUGAUACAUCCCCACCGGGGAUGGGGAUGAACGGCACAUACACCACGUUAACUCCACUUCAACCUUUACCCCCCAUUUCAACCGUUUCGGACAAAUUCCACCAUCCGCAUCACCAUCACCACCACCACCAGCGUCUCUCUGGGAACGUAAGCGGGAGUUUCACGCUGAUGCGGGACGAGAGGUGUUUACCAGCAGUGAACAACCUCUACAGUCCCUAUCAUAAGGACAUGACCGGGAUGGGUCAGAGUUUAUCCCCCCUGGCCAGCAGCCCUCUUGGCAAUGGCUUGGGUUCUCUUCAUAACACACAGCAAAACCUCCAUAACUAUGGCACUCAUGGGCACGACAAGAUGCUAAGCUCCAACUUCGAUGCCCACACUGCCAUGCUGGCCAGGGGGGAUCAACACCUCUCACGAGGCCUCGGUGGCCCCACGGCAGGUAUGAUGCCGCAUUUGAACGGGAUGCACCACACCGGGCACCCGGGCCACCCUCAAUCCCACGGGCCUGUGUUGGCUUCCAACCGGGACAGACCGCCCUCCUCCUCGGGACAACAAGGUAACAACUCGGGGCAGCUUGAAGAGAUCAACACCAAAGAAGUGGCACAAAGGAUCACAGCCGAACUGAAGCGGUAUAGCAUCCCCCAGGCUAUAUUCGCUCAGAGGGUGCUGUGUCGCUCGCAAGGCACCCUUUCAGACCUCUUAAGGAACCCCAAACCUUGGAGUAAACUUAAAUCUGGAMGGGAGACCUUUCGACGGAUGUGGAAGUGGCUGCAGGAACCCGAGUUUCAGAGGAUGUCAGCCCUACGGCUUGCAGGUACCAGUAGAGAGCACGCCAUGAUUGGGUCAAAUGGGAUGCUCUGUCAGACACUGACAACAUUGUGCACAGGGACUCAAAACUAUGGUAUGUCAAAAAACAAUAAAGUAAAUAUGUAGUAAUGCUCAACAGAU